CAACAGGAAGUACUACUUGUGUCCACCGCAGUUCUCAAGCGGAAAAGGUUGUGGCAUUAACGACAACAGCAACCCAUAUGGCGUCCCAACACCGUAAGCGAUAAUACUAUUCCUUCUCCAAUUAUGCGCGGGCUCUUCGAUCACAGUGACAAACGCGAGCAAACCGUACAGUGCAGGCAUUCAUGGAUAUAGUUGGUGGUUCAUUCAAUCAUCUGGUUCCCAGUGACCAAUUGGAUGAUUCCUUGCUGCUCGGGCAGAACCUGGAAUGUGAAGCAAGUGAUGAGUUUGAAACAGGUCACGGUCACCCCGAAGAUUCACUGAAGAACAUGCUCAGUGACAAAGAUCCAAUGUUUGGGUCUGCUAGUGCCCAAUUUCAUCUUCUAGAAAACGAAGAUGUCAAUUUUAAGCUUGGAAGCUCUGCAGAUCAUGACAUGACAACAGCUGGUGUUAGUCAGAGUCCAUCUGAUGGAGAACACAGUCAGUCCAGCUUCUCACUGGGCGGGAGACAUGCAAGUCAUCUACCGAGACGACAAACAGCAAGCCGUGGUCGAGUCAGAGGCAGGCGCCCAGGUCCUGCACCAAAAGCAGCCGAGAGUAACGAACAGGAGUCAACAUGCAGUGGAAACUCAGAUGGAGAUAAAAGCCUUGCUGCAAAAAGGGACGCUCUGCUCAGCCGUCGUUUUGGAAUCAAUGAGGUUGAUUCCUCGAUGAAUCCAGUUGUUGUGUUACGGCGAUUAACUGUUACUGUAGGGGGCUAUAAAAUUGAACUGCUUCCUGGACCGUCGCAUGCGUUUGGAUCGUUUAGCACGAGCGACCUUCAGUCUUUGGGCUUCCAAGAUGACACCAUCACUGCUGAUGGCCUCACAUUGGAUUUGGGACAAAAUCAAGAUGAAGUUGCACAAGAACUUGAUAAUUCCACACAAGAGGUUGUUGGGGAAGUGAGCGUUGGUCAGCCCACUGGCGAUGACAUGCCUAUGGAUUUUGGGCCGUAUGUGAACCCUAAUGAAGUACAAGACACUAAUAGCACCUUGUCGCUGAAGCCCAAUAUGAACAAUGCCACUCCAAGAGAUGACAAAAUCAAUGACCAAAUCAAGACCCAAAAGCCAAGCGAGAACAAAAAGGGGAACAAGAACGGCACAGCGGCACCUGCAGUCAAAAAGCUUCUGAAACCCAAACAGGCUCUGUCUGCUACCAAAAACAAGUCGCCUCAUCUCACCAGGCCAGGGCUCUUACAGAAAGUGUCCAAGCAUCCCAGAGACAAAAACAAACAUACAAGCCGACCAGAAAAUCACAAGGGGAAGCCUGGUUUGGUGGGCUUGAAACGCCCAGGGGGGCCACUUGCUCCUAAAUCGCCCUCAAAAAUACAAAAGGUUCCGGAUGGACAUCCUGUGCAUCAAACCACAAGCCCGUCUGUCCCGGUGUCCCCGACCAUCAGUCGUAAACCAUCGUCUGUUUCUGGCCCUGGUGUCAAGUCAGUGCAAUCUCCUCAAUCUCAUCACCCGUUGAAAAAGCCACAAAAUACUCCCACUCCGGUAAACAUAACAAACCCGCCUGUUACUAACAGCCAAGGGGAUGAGGAGCAGGAGAAGGUCAAGAUCAAGAAGGCGGAGAAGAUCCAGCAUAGACACAAGAGCAGAAACUCUAGGAGUAUCUCGAUAGAGGAGCCGCAGCUGUUUAUCCCCGAUAAUGCCCCAGUGGUGAAGAAGGAAGCCGAGGGCGAACCUCCUCCUGAAAGCGAGACUGUGUGGGACCCCAGCAAACACUGUGGAUUAUGUAAGAAACCUCACAACAACAGGUUCAUGGUGGGUUGCGGCCGCUGCGAUGACUGGUUUCAUGGGGAUUGUGUGGGUUUGGAUCUGGCUAAAGUUCAGCAGAUGGAAAAGGAUGACCAGGAGUACGUGUGCUUGAAGUGCUGUGCUGAAGAGGAUGGGAAAACCGGUGCCACGGAGCAGACAGAUGAGAAGUUAUCUGCCAAACAAAAACAAAGACCACAGCAGUCGGUCACCGCAGGUGGAAUACGACCCUUCCGAAAAGUUGGAGAAAGGCGAAACUCAGAAGAUUCCACACCAAAGGGACCAAAUGUGAAGCAUGAGUCAAAGAAAGUUAAAAUAUCCCAUGUUAGCUCAAAGAAACCGUCCACUGGACAUAUCAGACGAAGCGUUCGAGACUCUCUGGAGGAGAUUCUCUUGAAACGACUGAAGGAGUCUGAUUUGAAGGUUUCAUCGGACAAGCCUGCCGAGUUGGCCCGAAGGACAGAAAAGGAGCUUUUUGCUCUCUUUCAGGGUGUUGACAGCAAAUACAAAAACAAAUACAGAAGUCUGACUUUCAACCUGAAAGAUGCAAAAAAUAAUGUGUUAUUCAAGCGAGUACUCAAGGGGGAGGUUUCCCCUGCUGAUUUGGUGCGUAUGACUGCAGAAGAGCUGGCCUCUAAGGAACUGGCUGCUUGGAGACAAAGAGAGAAUCGACAUACAAUUGAAAUGAUUGAGAAAGAACAGAGAGAAGUAGAGAGACGUCCCAUUACUAAAAUCACCCACAAAGGGGAAAUUGAAAUUGAGAAUCAGGAGCCUGCCAAAGCACCAGAGGCCAUAGAGGCACAGCCAGAGCCUGUGCCGAAAACUGCGGAAGUGCCUGAAGAAAAACCCCCUGAGACUAAAGCUGACAGUCCCAAGAAACCUAUAGAUACCACCAACCUGCACAAGUCUCAUCUAUUUGACCUCAACUGCAAAAUCUGCACAGGUCGCAUGGCUCCACCUACAGAGGAAGCCGCUACUAAGGUGGUAAAAGUGGCUACAACAGUUGUGAGGAGACAGUCUAGUGCGACAGAUGAAUCUCAGCACUCCACAACUACACCUACAUCAGCACUAAUGGACGAUCUGUCUUUAAGAGCCAUGGAGGAAGGUCUCCUCAAUUUUUUGCCUGAAUCCAGGUCAGAUGGUCUGAGUAGCAAAGAAGAUACAGCUACUUUCCUCAGCACCUUGGAGAGACUGUGGGGGGGCUUUAUUGAUAUGCCAGCUGUGGCGAGGUUUCUAACAAAAGUUUAUCCUGUCUCUGGAAUACUGGACCCCCUAACACAGGAUUUGCCGGACAACAUCCAAGUAGGUGGACGUAUUUCCCCUCAAAUAGUCUGGGAUUAUGUUGAGAAAAUCCGUGCUUCUGGGACAAAGGAAAUUUGUGUUAUUCGUUUCACCCCCGACACAGAAGAAGAUGAGAUCUCGUACACUUUAUUGUACGCCUAUUUUAGCAGCCGUAGAAGAUAUGGCGUUGUUGCCAACAACCGCAAACAAGUUAAAGACAUGUAUCUUAUUCCUCUCGGCUCCACAGAAAAAAUUCCCCACCAGAUUGUUCCGUUUGAUGGUCCAGGACUGGAGGCUAAUCGUCCGAAUCUUCUUCUUGGAUUGGUCAUCCGCCAGAGAUUGAAAAGGGACUUCGGGGUAAUCCUGUCAAAUGAUGCCAGUGAGGCUCCAAGUUUCUUGGUAGAAAGCAAAUCUAAGGUCGACUACCCACAGAAAGCUUCUGUGGUUCAAGAUGUGGAGCAAAGUUUUAACAGUGGUCCUGGGAGCACACAGAAAAAAGACACUGCAGACUUGAUUAAGUCAGUCGACGAAGAGCCGAUAUUGGACAUGGAGACAGAAGAGAAUGUUUCUUUGCGCUUCCUUCCCGGUGUGCUAAAGUUGCCUGGAAACACGGCAUCAGCAUCAAGCGACAAAUCAAAGAGCGAGUCUACAACACCAGUAUCCAAGACUUCAACAGUCGGCAAUGAAAAUCAUGCUGAAACCCAUCCUAAACCUAUAGCCAGUGCUUCUCGACUUGACCGCUUCGUUAUCAAGAAAAAAGACCCCAAAGCUGUUAAAACUGAACAGGUGCCACCCAGCUCGAGUCUGGAGUCCAGCUCAGAAAAGAAAGAGAGUAAAGUCAUACUUUCUCUGAGUGACAAACCUGCAGAUGUUUCAACAGAGAGUUUCCUUUCCUCUCUCGCAACUGCUAAACCCAAAGAGGAAACCGAGUCUAGCAGCACAGCUGCACCAGCUACUCAAGAAUCAAGCGAAACCACUUCAUCAGAUGUAUCGAAAGACUCUGUUACAGAUGGCUCUUGCGCCGUUCCCAAAAACGAAGUUGUAUCAAGUCCCACCAAGACUUUGAAGACAUCUCCUUCUGGUAUUUUAAAGAGAGAGUCUUCAUCAGCUGAACUCACUGAGUUAAAACCGCAACAAUCGGAAAGCAAUUCAGAAAUGUUUCAGGAGAAAGUUACUCAGCAACCAUCUGCGCAACCCUCUGAAGAGUGCAAAGCCAUAGAGGACAUCCAAGCCAUCACCACAAUCUCAUCCAUUGGGAAGAGUGAAGGUCUCAAGCAGUCUAGGACCCCUUCUUUUAACCCUAAAAUUUAUAGUCCACCCAUUUUUCAUUCGUACCACGCCGGUCCACCUGAUCCCCAAUAUUACCCUCCUCCAGCCAAUCCUGCACCUUACUUACCCCUUCAUUCACAGGGUCCUCCACCUUUCCCAUUUCCUCCUGGUCCGCCGCCUCCCCAAAUGUUCCCUCAAAGCGAUCCUCGCAUACUGACUCCACCGUGGUCUCAAACAGUCCCUCCCCAAACUAUCCCUGCACCUUCUUUGACAUAUGAGUCCAGCUUGCCGACCUCUUCGCCCCUCAGCAAAGACGAGAAGGGUUCGGAGAAGUCCUACAGCGACCUGGGCGACAAGCCGUCCAGACGCUCCGAAGAGACCAACAGGAAGGACAAUAAAGAUAGAGACCAUUAUGACAAACACCAUCACAAAAGCAAGCACCACGACAGGGAUCGGGAAAAACACAGGGACAGAAGUCACAGUCAUAAAGAGCGCCACUCAAAAGAGGACAGGUACGAGAGGCCGAGAGAACGCCACCACAGCAGCAGCCAUUACCGGGACAGAGACAAACACAGGCGGGACUCUGAUUAUGAGAAACACAAGAGGGACUCGAGAGACAGGCGUUCGUGAUCUUGGCAUCAAACUGCUCCACCUUCCUUAAAUCUGUAACACCGUAGAAGAAAACUAUUUAUAAAUUUGCAAGAUGAUUUUUGUAUGAAAAGCAUCUAGCAGCAUUUCUUUUUGAAAUCUUAAAGAUACUUGUUUUUAAUUGUACAUUAUCCCUACCUGGCUUUUCAAGUAUCCACUAACAUUAUCUUCACAAGCAGCUGGUUGUCUAGGAAAUGAAAAUACUGUUGCCAUGAGACAUGGCAUCCCAUGUUUGUUGAGAACAGCUUCUUUUGCUUCACUUUUUAUUUUUCAGUUUUAAUUUUUCUAAAUUUGGCUUCUUAAGUAUUUUCUAUGUUUCAGGUGACAAAUAUUUCUUUGUACAUUUUGGCUUGUCACACAACAGAAAUGUGCAUAUUCAGCACAUGUUUUAUGUACAGUUCAUAAUAAAAUGUUUUUAUUGUUAGUAAAACGA